CAACACAUUUAUUUUUGUUAGUUUUGAGUGCUUCAUUGUUACCUCUUUCUGGCACACCAAUUCAUUUUCCAGUGGAGACCAUUGUGAAAUCGUAGGCUGGGAGGAUGACAUCUCAAGUGUAUUGCUUGUUUGGUUCGGUUUUAUUGUGUCUGUUUGGAAGCUUGACCAUAACCGAUGCUACUCUAGGUUUGAGCCGUAUUGCCAAGCUGGUGAAGCUGACGGACGUGCUGUCCCAUCAAAGAUGUUCUUCUGAUGGUCGUGUUUCCAGUGAGCCUGGUUCAAUGAAACCAGGUCAAUGUCCUGACCCAAAGAACAUUCCACUGUCUGCUAAAAACUGUGUCCAUGAUGGCCAGUGUCCUGCCACACAAAAAUGUUGCCCAACCAACAGUGGCCAUGGAUGCAGUGAACCAAGGGGCCAGGGUGCCGGACAGGGCCAGGGUGCCGGACAGGGCCAGGGAAGCGGUCAGGGUGCCGGACAGGGCCAGGGAAGCGGUCAGGGUGCCGGACAGGGCCAGGGAAGCGGACAGGGCCAGGGAAGCGGACAGGGCGCCGGACAGGGCCAGGGAAGCGGACAGGGCGCCGGACAGGGCCAGGGAAGCGGACAGGGCGCCGGACAGGGCCAGGGAAGCGGUCAGGGCGCCGGACAGGGCCAGGGAAGCGGACAGGGCGCCGGUCAGGGCGCCGGACAGGGCCAGGGAAGCGGUCAGGGCGCCGGACAGGGCCAGGGAAGCGGUCAGGGUGCCGGACAGGGCCAGGGAAGCGGUCAGGGUGCCGGACAGGGCCAGGGAAGCGGUCAGGGUGCCGGACAGGGCCAGGGAAGCGGUCAGGGUGCCGGACAGGGCCAGGGAAGCGGACAGGGCGCCGGACAGGGUAGUGGACAGGGAGUUGGUCAGGGAAGCGGCUACGGCCAGGGAAGCGGCUACGGCCAGGGAACUGGUAGUGGACAGGGAGUUGGUCAGGGAAGCGGCUACGGUCAGGGAAGCGGCUACGGCCAGGGAUCUGGUAGUGGACAGGGAGUUGGUCAGGGAAGCGGCUACGGUCAGGGAAGCGGCUACGGCCAGGGAUCUGGUAGUGGUCAGGGAAGCGGCUACGGUCAGGGAAUUGGUCAGGGAAGCGGCUACGGUCAGGGAAGCGGCUAUGGCCAGGGAUCUGGUAGUGGUCAGGGAAGUGGCUACGGUCAGGGAAGUGGCUAUGGCCAGGGAUCUGGUAGUGGACAGGGAGUUGGUCAGGGAAGCGGCUACGGCCAGGGAUCUGGUAGUGGUCAGGGAAGCGGCUACGGCCAGGGAAUUGGCCAGGGAAGCGGUCUGUGACGUGGUCAGGGAAAUUGUGGUCUUUGAAACUUUCUUGGAAUUUUGCAUAACGUCUACAGGAGAUCUUUUCAAUUCAGUGCUAUGUUCAUAAGGGUUUUUCCCUUUUUGCUCUAACAUUUCAGAAAGACUGUCUCUGCCUCCUUCCC